CCUUCUUCCCUGCCCACUGUGUAACUGUGUUUUGGUCUAGACCAACCCAAGCUGUGUAUUGUCUAGCCUGGGGUUGAGGAAGAACAAUGUUUCAUCUGCCUCUUUCAUUCCUGCUCACCAUCACUCUCUUGGUUCCAUUUUCAUUUGCAUUAAAUAAGGAACUCCACAGCUGGCAUGACAAUGUGCCUCUACUCAUUGACAGGAGCACGGUACGACUUCCAAGCCCCAGAUUCAGUGACCGAGAUUCUGGAGAACUGGACACAAUGUGUGGGAUUGAGUGCCAGAGGAACCUUCCAGAACCUGGAACCACAGAACUGGAGCAUCUCCUUGCCUACGAGACGUUUUAUGAGAAUGGAACUCGAACUCUGACAGAGGUGGAGUUGCAGGAUAUGAGGAACACCUCAUCCUCUUCUCUUCCCAUUCGUUCACGCAGGAAACGGCAGGUGUAUGGCACAGACGGGCGCUUUGUGAUUGCGGACAAACACUUCAUAACCAACUUUCCAUUCUCGGCAUCUGUGAAGCUUUCGAUGGGAUGCUCUGGGAUUUUAGUAUCGCCCAAACACGUGCUGACAGCAGCACACUGUGUUCAUGAUGGUCAUGGAUACCAAAGGGGGUUAAAGAGGCUGCGAGUGGGUGCAAUGAUGCUACGGAAAAAUACUGGGAGGAGAAGAAACAAAAUGGAGGGAAAAAGCAAGAGGAAACUGAAGAAAAGAAAAGGAAAGAAGAGGAAGAAUCAGAGAAAAUGGAAAACCUUUGAAAAUUCCAGGCAGCCAUCUUUACGUUGGACACGUGUCAAGCAAACGUACAUACCAAAAGGCUGGAUGAAUGACGUGGGUAACGAGAUGACGCUCGAUUAUGACUAUGCCCUCCUGGAGCUGAAGCGUAGUCUCCGGGUGAAGCACAUGGACUUGGGCGUGGUCUCACAUGCCACACGGAUCCACUUCUCUGGUUUUGAUGAUGAUCAUGCAGGGAAGAUGGUGUACAGGUUUUGCUCAGUGAUGCAGGAGUCCUACGAUCUGAUGUACCAGCACUGUGAUGCACAGAGAGGCUCGAGUGGUGCAGGAGUGUAUGUGAGACUCCGUAGGACACCUACAAAGGCUAAGGGGAAGUGGAGGAGGAAAGUGAUCGGCGUGUUUUCAGGACACAGGGCCGUGAAGGAUGGGAAUGGCACACACCGAGACUAUAACGUAGCGGUGAGAAUCACACCAGUGAAGCUUGCCCAGAUUUGCCUUUGGAUUCACGGAGAUGCUGAGCAAUGCACUUCAGACUAAGACAUCCUUCAAGAGACACUUGUAAUGUCUCAAGUGCCAAAAUUUAAUCUAGGUGGAAAAAAUAGAAUUUAUGCAAUAUUCCACUUUAUCCCAAAUGCAUUCCAUCAGCCAUAGGUCUGAAUUUGCUUCUUUAGCAGCACCUGUAGUUCAAAUUCCAAACUAUCACAAUUUUUUUUUUUUAGUAAAAUUCAUAGCCCAACCUUCAUAUACAUGCUCAAAAUGUCAUAAAGUUAUCUUGUAUUUAUGUCAUUGUAUUUACGGUAUGUCACUACAAUGGCACCACAGCAGCAUCUGAUAUUAGAUUUUCUCCACUUUAUGCAAAUUGGGUAUGCGGCAGUAAAACAACAAAACCAAAUGAUUCCAGUCCUAUGGUGCAUGUGAUCUGGCGUUUCUUCAAGUCCUACCUACAAUUAGUUCCCAUUUACUGUUUGAUGCAAAAAUGGAAGAAAAAUGUAUAACUGUGGUUUCAUCUAAUCCUGUGCCAUAGGAAUGAAGUAGUAGAGAUCAUUGGUGCCUCUGGUGACUGCAUAUCCCUCAUCCAGUUUGCUUGGUUUGCUAAUCUGCCAAUCCAAUUUGUCACUUGUUAGUGCAUAUGUAGGGUUAGAGGCUUUAACCCCCUAUGGUACGGUGUUCCCUUCAGGCAACAUUACAAAUUUCUUUUUUUUUACCCAUUGAGAUCAUAAUGCGUACCAUAGAGGGUUAAAAGGCGGAACAAAGGGUGCAUAUUAGGAAGAUAUAAUUUCUGAAUUCAAACAUUUCUGCCUCAGGUUGUUGUGCAAAAUAGUACUAACAUGGUGCCUUCAGCCAUAAGCUCAUGUUUAUAGAGGACAGGAAGUAGCCCUGCAUCAAACCACAGUGA